CCGUUUUCGACCCCGACGACGAGCACCUCCUGGAUGCGCUCAAGACGGCCCCCAAAGGUGCGGCACAGGGGGGGAGGGGUGGCGAUAUGAGCAUAUCAGCACCUCCGCGCGAUCCAUAGCUGGAAGCCUCAGGUGCCACUCCGCAACUUGGUCAACUGCUCGUUCACUCACGCGUCCCCCCUUCCCUCUUCCCUCCUUCCCUUCCUUUCCGCGGCACGCCUGAGCGCAUUCGAGAGGACGGACGACGACGGGGUCACCACAGGUGGGGUCCGGUCACCACAAGUGGGGUCCGGCCGAUCGCCAUCGGGAAGACGAUCCGCCGCUGGGUCACACGGGCGAUGGUGCAGGAGAAGACAGCCGAGCUGGAGGCCAAGCUGGCCCCGUGCCAGUAUGCGGUGGGGGUGCCGGCGGGAUCCGAGAAGCUCAUCGCGCCCGUGCGGACCUUCCUGUCGGCCGGCGCCUCGGGCGAGCGGCGCGCGCUCCUCUCCCUGGAUGCAAGAACGCUUUCAAUACGAUGAGCCAGCAGGCUAGUCUCAAGGGCGUCAAUCGACUCCUCCCUGACCUGACGCAGUACUUCCUGCAGUGGUACGGCGAUCCAGCGGAGCUAUGGUUUCACCACGCAGGAGGAGGUACGCGCCUAGUGCCGAGCCAGGAAGGCGUCCAACAAGGCGACUCCGGGGGGCCGGCGUGAUACGCUUGUGGGCUGCACGGGUCGGUGAAGAAGCUCAAGGCGGCGCUGCCCGGCCGGCUGGUGGUCGCCUUUGCAGACAACAUCUUCAUUGGGACGGUCGAGCAACACGUGGCGCACGACUUUGAUGUGGCCGAGCAAGAGCUGGCGCGUGUGCUGCAGCAUCUGGUGCGUGAAGAGUGUGAGGUAUGGGGCGAGCACUUCACCAAGGGCAUGGACCGGUCACCGAACAUGCCUGAGGGUGUGUGUGUGUGCAGGAGGAAGGGCUGCUAGUGCUAGGUUGCCCGUUCGGUACGUCGGAGUUCAUGGAGUGGCACUUCGCCAAGGUGCUCAAGAAGACUCAGCACAUGCUCGACAACCUGCCUCAGCUGGAGGACCCCCAGAGCGCUUACCAGCUGCUCCGCCUCUAUGCUAUGCCCAAGUUCCACUACCACAUCCGCCCUCCUCCCUCUUCGCCCCCCCGCUCCUUGAGGCCGCCGGCAAGCACUCCCGUGUACUCAUCCAAGCCUUCUGCACCCCCUCUUCCCUCGGUGACAUCGAGGCUAAGACCGUCCGCCAGAUCAAGCUGCCGCUGACCGAGGGGGUCCGGCCUCACCGACACCGCGCGGAUCGCGCCAGUGGCCUGUUUCGGUGUGGGUGCCGUGAGCCAGUGGCCUGUUUCGGUGUGGGUGCCGUGAUGCUGGCCGCCGAUGUGCUUGCCCGCCACGAGGGCGGGUAUGGAUGCC